AUGUGCAUGAUGUUUUUCCGAAGUUUGAUUUCCACUGUUCUCGUCGUAAUUGUGACAACUACAGGUAAGGAAGUCUGCUAGAAAUUAUGUACUGAAAGUAGGCGUUGUUCUUUUUUUAGAAGUUCUCUUACUAGCGACAAGCUUUUACGUCAGUUUACGCUUAGCGUUUGACCAGUUAUACGGCUUACAGUCAACCUUCCCGGCCGUUUUAAACUGAGUGGAAUUGUAAAGCAUCAGUGUUAAGUCUGAAAUAGCUAUGUCAGAACUAUACCAAAGCGAAAACAGCUAAAAAAAAUAGCAACCGAUCUCGAGAAAAACAAAUUAAUUGGCUCAGUUGUCUCUUGUUAACUUUAAAAUCCGUGAGCGAAACCCCGUGAUGUUACCAUUCAAAUGAAACCUCUUCAGUGGGCAGAGCAUUUAAUUUAGGUGGUGCUAUUUGUUUCUUAGAAUUAUAAAUCAAGUUUACUAUUAGGGGAGUUAUGGCACUCUUAUCACCCUAAGCUUCGACUUAGCUGCUCUGACUUACACUCCGGAAGGUGAGAGAACAAACUGUUAGCAGUUUGUGUUAACUGCCCUAGACCCACAGUAUCAGGAAAUUAUGGGGGCUGUCUAUGUAAAUUAUCAAUGAAACCGAUGCUUCGAACGAAUUCAUUUAUUCGUUGUUAAGUUGCCUUGUCUAGUGGAACUCAGGCCAUUAAUGCGGCUUUUGGAUAAUUCUAAAGAAUAUAUUUAUUUAAUAAAUAAAACGUUUGUGGGGGAAGGGCGUGAAGAACUGUAAAAAACAAUUGUCAACCGCGACCGAAAUGCAGGGGCAUUCGUCACAAAAUUUUAUCAAAAAAGCUUAAAUAUGCUUCAUCAUUCAAAUUUUUGUCCUUUCGUAAAUGUACGUUAUGGCCCGUCAUAGCCAACCUGCCUGGCGUUCGAAAGCAGCGCAAGAUCUAGACCUUCUCCUUCCGAAUUAUUUUUCUCCCUUUUCCCAGUCCUUUCGACCACUUACUCGCUUAAAGCCUUAUACCCUAUACAAAUCUUUUUUUCUGUUCUCGUUUCUUUGAAUGUACGACUUUUUUUAACAGAAAAGUCUUCAGCUUGCACCAUGUAUCCUGCCCCCAGAAAUGGAGCCCUUGGCUGUAUAAACAUUACUUUCAGUAGUCUUGGUGUGGUCCCUAUUUGUUACGCGAUGUGUAAAAGCGAGUUCGACUUUGUCUCGAAAGCUGAGCGAAUCUAUAUUUGCUACCAAGGUCAAUGGAAGACGAGGCUUUUGGAACCGGCGUUACCUUGGCCGGACUGCUCUGGUAAGCCUAAAGCGAUAAUAACUUAGCCCCUCUCCCUCCCCCCCAACUCUUAUUCGGCCUAAACGGGUAUGUGACGUUCACCAGGUUAUGUAGGGGGAGUAUUCCGUCCAAGCAAAGGUCAGGAGCUGCUGACAGACUAUAAUAUUUCAUUGCCUGCGUGGCAGUCUCUUGGAAGUAGCUAGUGGGCGCGCGAGGAGACAAGGAGACACGCGAGGUUUUCCCAAUAUAUUGCAAAUUACAAAGGCGGCAUUGAAUCACGUAGAUAACAUUGAAAGUAUUGCAAGUUAUGUGAGAUUUGAUUUGUAGGUUUCACUCGUAGAGUAGAAAGUAUAAUUGUCACGGCCUUGGUCAAUAUAGGGGCAUUUGAAAUUUUGUUGGAUUUUUUCUAAUUUGGCCCUGAUUUGGCCACCUUUGGAAGUGAAAUGGUUAAGUAGUCAUUGCCUUACUAGAGGUGGACACGGAAGAGAAGUUAAAACGGGAGUCAAUGUAUGGACUGUCCGCCAAGACAAAAAGUAUCCGUUGUUGAGAGGCGAUCGUAAGUUUGGUAUAGGGAAUGCAUUCACCAGAAGGGACAAUCACAGUUCACAGUGUUUUAAGAUCAGAGCAACAGCACUCUAAAAUUCUUAUUUUGUUAUAGCGGCGCAAGGUCCAAAAACGAUGGUCAAUUUAUUUUACUUUGACGGAAAUCCAAGUGAUCCAAACGUCGUCAACGUUAUAAAGGAUAACUUACUUAACCUGUUGGAAAGAGACCUUGUCCUUUGUGAUUAUCCCGGUGAAAAUCCGCCUGGACAGUGCAAAAAGGACAAAUUUAAGGUCACAGCUGGUGAACUAUCCGGUAAGUAAUUUUACCACAGAAUUUUUAACGUCUUUGUAAACUAUCGAUCGGUAUGUGGAAAUUAUCACUAAGUGCGGUUUUCUCUACAUUAGAUGAUGCAAAAAUCGGUCUGCACGACAACGAAUUGCGAAUAAUCAAAACCUAAUAAAACAAAAUGAAUUGCGACGGUAGUUACACCAUGUACUUACCACUGCGACCUUAUAGAGGGAGGUGUGAGCUGACUCGAGAGCGACUGUUAUAGUAUGACAAUCAACCAAAAGAUCCAAACUCUUUUAUACGGACGACAGGAUGUGACCCGCUACAUUUACAUUAAAAUAUUCCCUAAGCAAGAAGUGAUGAACGGUCGCUAAUAAAAAUAUUAUCAUUAUCAUUAUUGAUAUUAUAUUUAUAUUGCAGGUUGAAACACACUUUAUACACCAAUGAAUGAAGGAUGUAAUUCGAAAAUUAAAUUUACCGGUAGAUAGAAGAAUGC